AAACGAGCAUGCUCGAUCUACACUUUUAAACGGUCUCUCAAGUUUUAUACUAAUAGAACACAUCCGAUCACAAAAUUUUGGGUGAGUCUUAAGGUAGGUUUCUUUGAAUACUAGUACUGAAUCAGAGUUACCGUUUUUCUAGUGACAUAGAAUGUUUGAUGAGCCCUACCGUAGUUUUCAGACGGGGUGUUCAUGUUGUAGACAUUUGGCAACCUGGCAGAGAAUCUUCGAUUAGUUCCGUCCGCCCAGACCUGCCAAUAUUUAAUUGUGCUAAACUUCGCCUGGUGUUUAUUUGCAUUGAUUCAAGCAUUCGAUGACAUCUAACGUAACUAACAAGUCCAGUAUACAAUAUGCGACGGAUUAAUUGUAAAUGUACCGUAGGAAAAAAUUGCUGGAAAAGUCGCAAGGCGAGAUCGAAAAAUUCCUAUUGAGGAUUGUCUGUUAAGUUGACUUAUUUUCAUUACUUAGUAUUUUACACUCAAGGAAAUUAAUCUAUUAUGUAUUAAAACAAAAUCAGGAUAUUGUGGCAGACAUCAUUUAAAGGUGGUUUUUCAGAACAGUUUUGUUCUGAAUGACCCUGUCAGUAGUUAUAGAUGAUCUUGCAGGGAGCGGUUUAGAGGUUAGGUACCAAGGCGCAUUGGGCUGACAAAAUUUGUUUUGCUCCACAAAAAAUCUGUUUCCCCCAAGUUUUCAAUUUGUCAAUCACAGGUGCACUGAAAAACAGCAAAAUAUUUGUUAACCACCUGAUGUCAAUCUUAUGGAUCAAUAAAUUGAGUAGUACCUGUACCUUGAGAUUUAGCUUUUAAAAAUGAAAACUUGGGAGCCAUUAUAGUUGUAUUAUGAGUAUCCUCAGUACUGAUCACCAUGCAGCAUCCUGAGGUAUAAAUCUUGCAUCUUCACUGUUUGAUUGCUACAUUAAAAUUUAUAAAUUUGGCAGAAUCUGCUAGAAAGACUCACAUUUAAUAAGUAGGAUCAAAUUUUCUUGAUUGAGGUAUUCCUUUAAAUUGUGGUUAGUAAAUUGAAAAUUCUGUUAGAUUGCAUGCCUGGCAAAAAUUUGUCUUACUACAGGGUGUGACAGCAGUGUCUUUGAAGAUUGGUAAGGCUUGUAAAAAUUUGGUAGAAUAAAAAAUCAUUAGGUGCAUUUGUCUCACUGAACUGAUGACAAAUCUCUUUGCAAGAUAAGCAAAAAUUUGCCUUGUGUGCUCAGGCCAUAGUACUCUCAAAGUCAAACAUAAUCAAACUAGAGAUUUACAUGCAGGGAAGCUUGUGAUAUAGAUAAGUCAAGUGAACUUUUUAUAACUGGAAUAUUGAAGUGAUAUAUAUUUUCCAGGCCUCUUGUAAAGAUGAGCCUUUCUGAAAUCUGUGAAAAUGCAAAAAUGGCACGUGAAUAUGCCCUGCUUGGUAACUACGACACAUCACUAGUGUACUACCAAGGAGUGAUCCAACAGAUACAGAAGCACAUUCAACAACUGAAAGAUGAUGCCAUCAUGAAACAAGAAUGGCACCAGGUAAGUUUUGCUCUUAUAGGGGAACAUUUAGAUAUCUGAUCAGUUUUUCAUAAUGGCAGGAGAAGGUCAUUGCAAAAACAGAAUGGAGAGGGUAGCAAAAAAGGCAUUCAAUAGACAUGAUCAAUUCACUGGACUGACAAAGCAGUGAUGUGUCAUAUCAUACUUAAGCCUGGAAAUUUUGUCCCCUCUCGAAGACUGAUAUAAUAAUUCUUUUUUCUUUUAUUUAUAUUGUAUUCCUGAUCAUUUUAUUUAGAGGGUCUUUCUUUUUGGGUACAUUUGUUAUACUGUGUAAGUAAAAUUUCUGUUGUGUUUUAAGGUUCGUCAAGCAAUUGUCAAAGAGUAUGACCAAGUUAAAGAAAUAAAUCAAACACUGGCAAAUUUCAAGAAGGACACAGUACAUUUUGGAGGGCCUCGGCGAUCCCAUGAAGAGGAGCCUACAAGGGAUCCUGAUGUCUGGCCGCCACCCACUCCAAUAGAAAGAGACAACAGGUAUGCUGUUAAAAAACCUCUGUCGCUAUGUGAUAGAUCAAGUUUAGAUGUUGACAACAGGUAUGCAGUAAAAUUAACUGUGUCCCAGUGUGAUAGAUCAAAUUUAGAUAGAAUAGGUAUGCUGUAAAAUAAACUGUGUCCUUGUGUGAUAGAUCAAAUUAGCUAUAUACCAAAUCACGUUUAGGUUAAAAGAAAACAAAAAACAAAAAAACUUCCAGAUAGAGUUUGUAAGAGUAGAUCCACAAAAUGAAAAGAGGACUAUGAAAAAGAUAGCAAGAGUGUAGCCUUAUACUUAGCCUUUCACUCAAAAGGUGAAGUCUAGAAACAAGCUUAUAAGAGAAAAGGAGGCAGUUACACCCCUUCUCAAAGGACCCUGCUCAACCAGGAUGCAUUGCAGGGGUAGUAAACAUUCUCAGCAUUUUCUGUAUAACAGAAAAGGAAAGCUGCCUUGUGUGUAAUAUUUUUGGAAUAUAUCUUUGCAGUCUUGAUUAAGAACUGGUUUUUUAUACUGCCAUUUAGUUUCUUUACAUGUACAUCAUCUAUCUGCCACAUAUUUUUGUCAUUUUCAUUCUGCAUUUGCGACAAUGAAGCCAUCAAAAACAGGACAUCCUGCAGGGAUGGAAGGCUGCCAUAUUAUGUGGCCUACUAGAUCAAUUUUAAAAGCAUGUAAUGAACAUUAGACAGCCUCAGGAUUUGGCCAAAAAAAUGAGCAGUGAGUUUGAAGAGGUCCUCCUGCACAGAAUUUCAGAGGAAAAUAAAACAGAAAGCUCUCCUCUGCACUUGGGUGACUGUUAGACAAGGAAACAAUUCCAUCAAUAGAAAGCCUUAUCCCAUGUCAGUUUUGGAGUAACCCUUCUCUCCUGGUGCAAUCAAAUUAAGCAAAACAUUUCUCAAAAAUUCCAUCUUGGUAUCCUUGAUUCUUUAAGCAUAUUUUGAAACACCACAUGUUUUUAUUAAACAUGAAGUGUGACAAAUUUAUUCAUGGGAGGCAUAGCACUUCUCCUCUUAGGAAUCCUCUCUCUGUCCCUGGUGAAUGACAUGAAUAAAAAUUCAAGUAUUGGAAGGUCUCCAUCUCUUUGAAAUACAUUUGGAUGUUAAGGGUCAAUUCCUUGUUAAAGUUUGCUUUUGUACACUUUCGUGUCAAGAAUAUUAUUUCUAAGUCUGAUUACUCAGCCAAUAGUGAUGGUAUCAUGGUACAAUGAACAGUUGCUGUUUUCCAGUCUUACAAAUUCUUCAGUUUUGCCUUGGGUUUGUUCCACAAACAGAAAAUGUUGUCAAUGUACCUCUUCCAAAUUAAUGGUUUUGUUGUGCUCUGGGUGAUAAAAAGUAUUGAGUUCCCAGAUAAUGACAGUAACAACUGCAUGUAAAGCACAAUGGUUGAGCAUGGCACUUCAACCUACCCUUAAAUCACAAAGAGAGCUAUUCCUUCCUUUAUUUACUUACUAACCCACACUGUCCCAAUUUUUGGGUCAACUGAACAUUUUCUUUGGUGAGCAUUUCCUGAUUUUAGAUGGCCAAAUAGUGAUUUUAAGAAUGGUCACACUUGGAGCAGUGAUGUACAGAGUUUCUCUUAUUUCAGUGAGCAAUUUUUUUCCAAAUAACAGAUUAAAGAAUAUGUUGUUUGUAAUAAACCUGCAACUUUUGUCCACUACUGGUUUCCACUGUAGACCCUCCAAGCCAGCUCCUCGACCUGUUGUCAGAAAGAAUGAUGAUUACAAUCCAUCAGUAGGCCGCCCAUCUGCAGCACCAAGCAAGCGCCCUGAUCGAGACCGAGGGGGAGAUAGAGAUCGAGCUGGAGAUAGGGGAGGACGCAAACCAGUUUCUGCACCCAGUGGCAAGCCAUCUCGUGAUGCAAGGCCUGCAGACAGAGGGCGUGCCCAGUCAAAGGGGGACAAGGAUAAGGGAGGUGCCAAGAAAGAACAAAAAGUAAAUCAUCUGCUUUUUCACCAUUUUUGUCCUAAUUUUUUUCCUUUUUUUAAUGACUUUGAAACAAAAAAAGUACAGUGAAACUCGUGGUUGUAAAGAACAGAUUGAUUAGUGAAAGUCUAAACUUGUCAGGAAUCUGUGAGCUCACCAAGGGUACAACUGUCUAAGCUGUUCCUGGAAGACAGGUUUUGUUGCCAGCAUUAAUGCUACUUUUUUUCCCCAAUGUCGCGUAGUUUAUUUUUCUAAUCAUGGUGAAGUUCUUAUAAGAGAGUAUAAGCUUUCAUUCAGUUCAUAGCCCUCAGGUCACAGAAAAAACUACUCAAAUCUAUAUAUUUUUGUGCAGGAUGAUGGUAAAGGUGAAGGUGAUGGUGAUGGUGAGAAGAGAUUUGAUGGGAGUGGUUAUGAUAAAGACCUAGUUGAGGCCUUGGAAAGAGACAUUUUACAGAAAAAUCCUAAUGUACACUGGUAUGUUAUUUAGCUUGUAACUAGUGUUUUGGCAGAUUUGAAUUCCAAUUUUGUUAUGUCUUCAGAGUAUUUGACCAUUACAUGUAUAUGCCAUUGUUUCUCAGUUUUUGUGUACUUAGUUUUUACUCAGUUAUCUACUUAAAUUUUUUUCUUUUUUUAAUGCAGGAGUGACAUUGCUGGACUAACUGAAGCUAAAAAGCUGUUGGAGGAGGCUGUGGUACUUCCCCUUCUGAUGCCAGAUUACUUUACUGGUAUUCGCCGUCCCUGGAAGGUACACAGAUGUCGUCUGUCAAGUGUCUUUGAGCCAUGGGAAUUGAGGAAUCCUCCUCCUCCACCCCCACCUCUCCCCCCCCCCAAAAAAAAAAAAAAAAAGGGAGAAAAACAUGAUAAUUUUUGGCUCACUGCCAUUAAUGAAUUUGUCCCUUAUCGCUUGGAUAAAUUUUUAGAGAUUUGACACCCUGAGAAUCAAAUUGAUAACAUCUGCCAAGGCAGAAUGGUCCAUUUUGGAGACCUGAAAAAUGAAACUUGUUUAGUCAUAGAAGUCAGUACAACAGACAUGUGUUCUCUUUGUGUAAGCAGGUGAGGCCACAGCUCUUCAUGGACUCAAUGCCUUACCUAUUCAAUUUUUUUUAGGGUGUAUGCAUGGUUGGACCUCCAGGUACUGGAAAAACGAUGUUGGCAAAGGCUGUAGCUACAGAAUGUGGUACAACAUUCUUCAAUGUGACCUCAUCAACUUUAACUUCAAAGUAUCGUGGUGAAUCUGAGAAACUUGUCAGACUACUGUUUGAAAUGGUAAGAAGCAUAUAUGAUGUUAUUAAAAGAGUACUGUAAAUUAUAAAAUAGGAAGAAUUCAAAAUAACGUAUUCUUGCAUCAUUUCAUGGAAUGGACAUGCCAGGAAGAUUGAAAGUCUUCUUUAAUUUUGGUUUCAAACAUUUGGUGUAUCUUAUGAAAGAACUUGUGGAAAAUGAAGUUUGAAUUUUGGUAUUUUACAGGCUCGAUUUUAUGCACCAAGUACAAUUUUUAUCGAUGAGAUUGACUCAAUCUGUAGUAAGCGUGGUUCAGACAGUGAACAUGAGGCCAGCAGACGGGUCAAGUCAGAGCUGCUCAUACAGAUGGAUGGUGAGUGAACUGUUACCUGUGCCACAACUUUUCAAAACUAAACUAAGAUAUGAAAAAAAGAUUACUUUUGACAAAAGAGAUGUCAGAAAACAUUUGUGGAAACAUAGUUGGCACAGUUAAAAGUGUGUGUUGCUGAAAAUUCCUUUAAUAUGUUUGAUUGUUAAUGUAAGGAGGCCCCUGCUGAAAGUUAAUUUUUUGAGUUUUUGAUCUUUUAAAAAACUCAUCAAUGAAACUUGUUUGCACCCUUCAUUCAUUUACACCCAAAGUAACACUGGUUGAAAGGUUCUUAGAAAUGUUUAUGAGUGCCUAGCAGUUACUUUGCUUUAACAGUCAUAUGUCCUGGUAUAUUUUCAUUGUCUCUCUCUCUGUGUGUGUCAGUAGAAAAUUUGUGUUAUUCCUCCAAUGAAUUUCCCUGUGCUGUUACACUGAGACUAAAAGAAGUUCCAGUCAUUUGAUGAGAACUGUGUUGGUGUCAGAGCGGAAGUUUAAGCUUGACCUUGUUGUAGUUUUUAACGUAACGUUAGCUAUGCGGACUCUUUUGGAUGUUGAAAGAGUUCUUCAAACCCAUUCUUUUGCGACCAAGUGCUCACUAAUGUUAUUCAUGUUUUUUUGUUUUUGUUUUUGUUUUUGUUUUUUUUUGUUUUUUUUUUGUCCAGGUGUUGGGGGUGGUACUGCAGAGAGUGGUCCUCAGCUAGUCAUGGUUCUGGCUGCCACAAAUUUUCCUUGGGAUCUGGAUGAAGCUCUGCGAAGGAGGCUGGAAAAAAGAAUCUAUAUUCCACUUCCUGAAAGUAUGCUGCAGUAUUUACUCUAUGAGGUGUUGCGUGUUAUUUGCAAAUCUUGCCAUAUUAUUGAUAUUGACACACAGUUUAUUUUAACUUAAAUCUCUAAAACGAGCUAAGGUCAAACCUGGAAGAACUUAAGCGUUGUGCGUUUAUCUGGUUGUUUGUAUGUUUGCUUGUUUAUUUGUUGUUUACACUUCUAAGACCAUCCCCUCUUCAGCAUAGAGUUUUUGCAUCUUCUUUUAAAUUAACCAUAGUAAUGUUUCCUGACCACACCUCCAGCUAUCUAAAACUUUCCGUCAUGUGUGCUUUGAGGCCUUCUCCGGUUGUGUACUUUGUCACAUCCUGUCUGAAUGUCCAAAGCUGGGUUUAGAUAGGAGGUUUUGAAAUCGAUUUCAGCUCAGAACUUUAAAGGAAAAUUCAGUAGAAUUCUUUUUUCAACAAUUUGAUGAUUAGAUGCUCCAUAUAGAGUAGAGGAAAAUGAUCCAAAAAAGGCUAUCGAACAAAGAAGUAUAGAAACCCAGAUUAAAAAUUCAAGUGCUAAUCGGCUUUCGAAAAACUGGGCCCUGAGCAGGAACAAAACAGUUUUUUUAACUCAGAUGCCGUUGCAAUACAACAAAUUCAAGUGAAGGAGACAUGCAAUAACAAAACAUAACCAUUACUUUUACACCGGAGGUGGCGCUUUUUUUACGAAUCUUUUUCUUUGAUUUUUUUUUUCUCGCUCGGAAUAUUUUUCCUUUUCAGCUAUCGGUCGCCUUGAGUUGCUGAAGAUCAACUUACGGGGUGUGAACAUGGCUGAAGAUGUAAUUCUGGAGGAGAUCGCGAAAAAGAUGGACGGCUACAGUGGAGCUGAUAUCACAAAUGUUUGCCGGUUUGUAACGUAUAUUGUUGUUACUAAAUGUUUUCACUUUUCAGGUUUUUUCUAUCAGGAUAUCAAUGAAAUAACUUCUUUUUACAGGGACGCUUCCAUGAUGGCAAUGAGACGUCGCAUUCGAGGCCUUACUCCGGAACAAAUUAAAAAUUUGCCAAAGGAAGAACUGGAUUUGCCAGUCAACAUGGAAGAUUUUGGUCUUGCUUUGAAUAAAGUGUCUAAGUCCGUGUCCGAUGCAGAUAUCAAGAAAUACGAAGAGUGGAUGAAAGAAUUUGGUUCUACGUGAUGCAACCAUUUAAAAAUUUGUUUGCGGGUUCAUAAACGUCCUGGCAAUAUUGAACGAUAUGGCAGUUGUCUUGUUUGACAAUCUCAGUUCUGUUUUAUCCUUGUAGUCAGUUUGCUAAUGAAUCCGAUGGUUAAAGUGUGAAAUUGUUGAAAUCAGUUCUGCAUUGCUAACGAUUGUGAUAAUGAAAUGUUUAUGAAAUAGACUUCGUUGAAUUGCGAUAUCUGUCGCCACUU